UCUCCAGUGGGUUGCUGGACCUUGCUGCCAACGCUGCUCAGCUCUCCAGUCUGUCUCCAGCACUCGAAUCGCCGGUUACGUGAUCGCGGUUAAGUUUACGCGGCUAAGUGAUCGCAGUUAAGUUUACGCGUCCGGUCUCGUAGUGUCGUUACUCGAAAAAGUGAACCUGAAAUCAGACAAUUUGUGAUUGAAAACUGUUUUUGUGCAACGGACUAAAAGCUGUGUAAACCACACUUCAAAAUAAUUUGUGUUUGGAAAUAAUGACCAAUAUUUCAUAACAUUGAACAGUAAUUUAUCCUAGGAUUACACUACAGGAACUGUUUCAGUGCAACAAACUGAAUGCUGCGUUCUCUACACUUCAUAAUAAUUUGUGUUUGGAAAUUAACAAUUUUGAUACAUUGAACAUUACAUUAAUUUUGAAACAUUUAACUAAGGAUUACACUACAGGGACUGAUUUUGUAUUUAUCCUAGGAUUACACUACAGGAACUGUUUCAGUGCAACAAACUGAGUGCUGUGUUCUCCACACUUCAUAAUAAUUUGAGGUUGGAAAUUAACAAUUUUGAAACAUUUAACAUUAAUUUAUCAUAGGAUUACACUACAUGGACUGAUUUCGUAUUCCAUCAGACCAAAAACAUUUGGUUCAGGAGUCGAUGAUAAUUUGUGUUCAGAAAUAAUCAAUUUGCUGAGAUUUAACAUUGAAAUAUCAUUGUAGAAUAAUAUUUAACUUUACGAGAACAUUUUAAAAUAUUAAACAUUGGACUAUCAUAAUCAUUAUUGAACCCUACGGGAAAAUAUCUUGUAAAUGAGUUAGAAUAUUGUGAAAUUUGUUUAGACAAUUCCACGUGCUAUGAACAAUUGAUCUAUUCCAAUAUUGAACUGUGGUUCACUAUAAUCUACUUAAUAUUUUGGCAUUUUGAACUAUUUCGCAUAAAAAUAACCAUACCUUGUCUUCGAUCUGAUUGCUAUAGAAGUGCCUGGAAAAUUUUUGAUGAAUAAAUUGACGUUUUCAUCGACAUUCUCCGUUUAUAUAUACUGUGUUGUGCCAACCAUACAGUGAAGUUGACAUCAAAAACUUCACGAUUUUGAACAGGCGUUGGAAUGAACACUCAGAUACCUAGAAAUUAAUUUGUUGGAAGAUUUUCUGAGUGACUAGGUGAAAACAAGAAGAAAUCAAUCGUCUUAUCACAAAAUUUCAAUGUGAAUAUUGAUAAAAUUUGUGGAGUUUAAGCUGAAGUGGAGUGAUAGAGCUUGCAUAUUUAUCAGGACUUCGUAGCUGUAUAUUAGAGUUGUUAUCACACUACAGGAUAGAGUCUUGUAAUUUGGACUAACAUGGUGCGAAGAUGGACGAAUCACCCAGAAACUAGUGAUGUUUACCAGUGAAUUCAUGUUGGGAAAAACAAUAAAUAUUCAACUGAAAACUGUGAAACUACAAUUUGAGUGUUGUCAUCAGAAUGGACUUAUGAAUCAGUAAAACUUUUGAGUUUUUCAAGUGGAAAUCUGACAUCAUAAUGAACUAAGUACCAGUGAAAUCUUAAAAUUAUAAACUAGAGCAUGAAUCAGUGAAUUUUUCGAAUUCUGUAAAUGGAAAUUUUACAUAAGAAUGAACUAAGUACCAGUGAAAUCUGAAAAUUAUAACCUAGAACCUAUAACCUAGAAUUAUAACCUAGGAGACAGAAUGAACUGAAGUUGACAUUAGAAUGAACUAAGUACAAGUGAAAUCUCAAAAUUAUAAACUAGAGCAUGAAUCAGUAAAACUUUUUAAUUUUGUAAGAGGAAAUUUGACAUUAGAAUGAACUAAGUACCAGUGAAUUCUGAAAAUUAUAACCUAGAGCUUUGGAGUCAGAAUGAACUGAACGUGACAUUAGAAUGAACUAUAAAUACCAGUGAAAUCUUGAAACUAUAAACUAGAACUUUGGAGUAACAAUGAACUGAAUUUGACAUUAGAAUGAACUAUAAAUACCAGUGAAAUCUUGAAACUAUAAACUAGAACUUUGAAGACAAAAUGAACUAAAGUUGACAUUAGAAUGAACUAAGUACCAGUGAAAUCUCAAAAUAAUAACCUAGAACUUUGGAGUCAAAAUGGACAAACCACCCAUAGUUUACAAAAUGGACAAACUGGACCCCAGUGACCCCAACAAUAACAGUAGGGUAAUCUCCGCCAAGCCAUCUAUCGACAGCAUGAACAAGAGCUACUCACUGCGCCCGAGAUCCUCAAUACGAUCACAUGGGGAAAUCGAUGAUGACAUCCUGAUAAACGACUGGCGUCCUAGAGGCAGAACGAAACGGAGGCCCAAGCAGAAACCGCCUCCUUUGAGUAAAUACCGCAGGAAGACCGCCAACGCUAGAGAGAGAUCUCGAAUGAGGGAGAUCAAUGAGGCAUUUGAUACUCUGAGGAGAGCUAUACCUCAUCUGACCCAUGAUAACAGUCACAGUGAGAAGUUGACCAAGAUAACCACGUUGAGGUUGGCUAUGAAGUAUAUAGCUGCCCUGAAUCAGGUCCUACAGGAUCCAGAACCUGAAUCAGACCUGGAUUCAGGUGAUUAUACUUUAUCCCUCACGCCCAACUCACUCAGUGAUCACUCAGAUCUCUACGACCAGUUCCUCAACUCCGAUUUGGCGUCGACCUCCUCCACGACUACCAACUCCUGUCCGUUCAGGUCUCCCUCGGACCACCUCAGCAAGUUCGAUCUAAGUUCCUCCUCACUGUUGCCAACCUCACCGAACUGUUACUCGUUUGCUGAUGACGUCAACUCUUCAGCGUCGAUGAUGGAUCUGAGGCAACACUGUCUGACGCCAACUGAUGACUUCGAGGCUGAUUUGGAUUCGUUUGUGACGUCAGCGGUGGAUUUUGAGGAGCUUUUUGCUUCGUGACAGACGGGGAUAACAUUGAGGACUCCUCUUGGACAAUGUUUAAACAUUGAUGAAUCGUGUAAGUUUGUGUUUUGAGGUGAAUCUUCCACUAUUCUCUCCUAAAUCAGGGACAAAAGAUUUUGAAGGUCAAGUCCUAAAGAUAACUAACCAACGAGCUGGAUAUAUGAGGUAACUUUUCCACUGUUUU